GCGGGUAAGAGGCCGCUGGCCGAGCGGGGCGCGCCCUCCCCGCCCGGCCCCAUGGGACCUGGAGUCCGCUCCCCGCCUCCCUCCAGCAGGCUCUCUUUCUCGGCGUCCGCAGAGGCCUCGGCGGCAGCCCGCUUCUCCAAGGGCCGCUAUCCGCCCACGCUGACCAUGGUCACCGAGGCCGUCGGGGCGCUCAACGAGAGGAAGGGCUCUUCCACCGCCGCCAUCAAGCGCUACAUCCGCCACAACUACCCCGGCGUGGACCCCAUCCGCCUCAAGUACUACCUGCGCAAGGCUCUGCUCAAGGGGCUGGAGAAGGGCUACCUGGUGCGCCCCCUCAACUCCUCCGCCCAGGGGGCCACCGGCAGAUUCAAGUUGGCAGCCCUAAAGCCCAAGAAGGGAAAGGCGAAGGGGGCCCAGCCUGCCCAGGGGGAAAGCCCACCCCCAAAACCGGAGAAGAAGGCGGAGGGCAAGCCGAGGGUCGAGAACCCCAAAGGCAAAGAUGCCAAGGGCAAGGAGAAAGCUGCCAAAAAGAAAGCCAAGGCUGAAUCCGACCAGGUCCUGGCUGCAGACCCAGUGAAGCAGAAGCCGAAGGAGAAAAUGGCAGCCGAAGGAAAGGCUCCCAAGAAGCCGAGGCCCCCCAAGACCCUCCAAGUCAAACUGGCAAAGGCCCCCUCCAAGGCGCCCCCCAAGGGAGAAGCCAAGACAGCCACCAAGGGCAAAGCUCGUCCCAAGGCAGGAGCAGAAGAUGAGGCUGAGCCCCCCGUGGGUGAGCGAGUCAAGGUGGCAAGGGGGAGCCAAGCCAAGAGCCAGGCCGGGCCCCCCAAGGCCAGAGCCCCCAAGGCCGGAGCCCCCAAGGCCGGAAAGAAGGCGGUGGCCAAAAGCAAGGAGAAAGAAGCCGAGGGGGGAGCGGGCCCAAAGAACGCCUGAGGUCCACGGUGGCCAUUGUCAACCUGUAGUGCGAUGCAGGAGGGCACCCCAGCUGCCUCCCAAUGGCUGGCAGCCCCUGUCAUGGAAGGAGGCCGAUGGGGGCCCCCCCAGGUGGAAGGCUGGGCAGUUUUAACAGCAUUUUAAGCAGUCAGAGAUGUUUUUCAAUAAAGGUGUAAUAUUUGGCAAGAAGCAAA